AUGGAGUUUUGGCUGAUCUCGGUUCCUCUGGAUAAAAUCAGCUGUCAGUCUGUGGAGAAACUCAAACGCGUCGCAGCCAAAACCGGUCUGAGCACCAGCUCCAGAGUGCACAUCCCAGAGCUCAAGGUGGGAACGCUGGAUGUGCUGCUGGGCCUUUCUGAUGACCUGUCCCGACUGGACUCAAUCACAGAGGGUGUGAUGCGUCAGACAUCUCAGUGUUUGGCGGAGGUGAUGGACGAGUUCAGUGGAAAACUCCUGGAGAGUCUGCUGGCCGGCGGUGAACACAGGACUCUCCAGAAAGACCAGCAGUCACCUCUCAAAUCAUACUUCCAGACUGUCCAAGUGGACUUGGCUACAUACGUGACCAGGUUUCAGUGGGACAGAGCCAAAUAUCCCACUGCACAGCCUCUAAAGACCCUCGCUGACGUCAUCUCCAAGCAAGUUUCACAGGUGGACACUGAGCUGAAAUCCCGCAGGGCUUCCUACAGUCACCUGAAAGCCAGUAUUCAGAGCUAUGAGCGGAAAACCGAGGGAAGCUUGCAGACCCGUUUGUUGACCAACAUAGUGAAGAAGGAGGACUUGGUUUUGAACUCAGAGUACCUCACGACACUAAUAGUUUUGGUGCCUAGGACAGCGUAUGCGCUGUGGCAGAAGACGUAUGAGUCCAUGUCAAAGUUUGUGGUUCCUCGUUCCAGCCGGAAGCUGGCUGAGGAUUCAGAAGCAGGCGUUUUCACAGUAACGCUCUUUAGGAAUGUCAUAGCUGAAUUCAAAGCUAAUGCCAAAAAGCAUAAGUUUACAGUGCGGGAAUACAACCUGGAGGAGGCCGAGAAGCAAAAGCAGGAGAUGGGCCAACUCGCUUUGGAUAAGAAGGAGCUGUGUAGAACAUUUGUGUGUUGGCUGAAGGUGAACUUCAGUGAAACCUUUGUGGCCUGGAUUCACAUCAAGGUCCUUCGCACAUUUGUUGAGUCAGUACUCAGAUAUGGACUGCCGGUCAGUUUCCAGGCUAUUUUGCUACAGCCCGGUAAGAAGAAUGUGAAGCAUCUGAAGCAGCAGCUCAACUCUUUAUUCAAACAUCUCGACCCAGCAGCAACCAGCACCAAACCUGAGAUGGGGAUGGAUAUCCCAGACGGAGGCGCCGGCCAGCAGGAAUAUUACUCCUACAUUUGCUAUCCCAUCAAAAUUAAUCUGGUGGAUCCAAGUUAGUACUAAAUAACGGACUGAACUCAGGAAUUUUUUGGAGGUGUCUUUGUGGCGCUCAUGUUUCUGUUUUGCAUCUUGCAAAUUUUAAA